CAAAUCACCCUCACUUCCUGGCGGUGAAUCCUGAGUAUUCAAUCCUAUUGCUGCGAGACCGACCCUUCUCUUUUGACUCACUCGACUUCGCCUGAUCUACAACCCAAGCUACCGACCACCCACCUACCGCGCAAUUCAAAUUGCGCUUGCCGCCUACAUCACCUUGUAUCACGACGUGAUCUCGUCGUUAGAACUCAUGUCGUCGUCUGUCGCAAAACAAUUCUGCAACAUGCUCGCGUCUCGGUGGUCGCUCCCAGGACCAGCAGCUGCACCGCCGCCAUCCACCAAGCAGAAGGCCGUCGACGUCAUACACGAGAAAGUUACCUACCCGCGCGUCUUAGGAUUAGGAGAACAAGACUCAUGCCUCAACGCAUCCAUGUCCUACGAGCACCUCCUCGAAUGCGGCCACCUCAUCACUACACCCAAGCCUGACGAGCGAUGCGCACCCAAUUGCUAUUGUGUCGCCUACGGAUGGCAUGAGAUCAAUUUCGAUGAGAAGAAGAAGGCGAAGAUGCUGCUGUUCUAUUGCGACGCGUGCAUAGAGGAGAAGAACGAGAAGCUCGUGGCUAGCACUUUGACCUCAACGGCCGCAGAGAACCUGCGUCGCUUUCUGAGUGAAACGGAAGCUACCAAACGCGAAAAGCAGACCGAGUUUCGCAAAUGCUAUAUCGCACUCAAGAUAACUUCAGUGCCUUGUCACACCGACGGCGCGCUACGCAAAGGAUAUACACCGCGCAAAGAGCAUCAUCCCUUCGAUGUUUCGAUCCCUCGAGUAGGCGACAACUUCUUCGAAGAUAUCCUGGUGAACCCGGUGGAGGAGUUGAAGGCGCCUGGUACCACUAUCGCGACCGCGCCGGACGAAGCAAACCACCCUGUCGUCGGUAGUAGUCCAGCCAACCUCGGCGAAGCCGGCGCAAACUACCUGCGAUACAUAAAAGCGCAAUCCGCAGCGCCCAAGGGACCCAAAGCCAAGCCGAGCGCCUCCAACGCCAAGAAGAUUUCGUUGCUGUCCUCUCCCCGUAGAGCCGCUGCAUCGUCACCCGUGGUACCAAGCUCCGAAGUCGCCCAGAAGAUCUCUCCAAAGCAGUCGCAAAAGAAGCCCAUUGUCAUCGACGAUGACGAAGAAUACGUAGACGCGCCAGAGAAAGAAGCAGAGGUUGUCAAGAGAUCUAGGAAACCACAAAAGGCUACUUCGUUGCCUCUGAUCCUGCCACUUACCCUGAAGAGGAAGCCAGGACGUCCAAAGGGAAGUGGUCGCAAGAAGGUGUGAGGGGUUGACGGAUACUGAUGAUGCGAAGUCGUGAGGACGUGGAGAUGGAGUCGAGGUUGGAGAAUACAAAGAUGGUGAGGAUGCUGCUAUACGAUGCCUGGAUACUGUCGUAUUUUCCAGGCUGCUACUCUGGUACGAGCAUAUACUGAAUAGAACAUGUCGUUGACGAUACCCUCGAUGGAAAAUGUCAUGAAGAAGGAUGACGG